GGCUAACUCUAGUCGGCGAAUCGAUACGGCUCGAUUCCCGAAAACGAUCCGUUGCCAUUGUUACGGAAACUAAGUGGGGCGUGGUUUACCGAUCGCCAGUCAAAUUGGGUUAAACACGCUCGAACGGUAUAGUUUAUCCUUUAAACUCGAUUAAUCCUACUUAGUAGUAAUUGAUCGCGAUUAACCAGACGUUAAGCUUCUUUUUUUUUCAUUCGACUCUGGAUAACCGUGCGUCACGACGUUUGCCGCGGUAGUUGAACAAUCGAUCGCACGUAUUUUACCGCGUAAGAUUCAACAACGUAACAGGUUGUAUUACCAUCACUGCUAAAAGUAUGCGCCAAGUCGAUGAUUCAUCUGUGAAUAAUUACCCAAGUUCGCGCAACCGUGUGGAAUUACGAGUACGCUAUGUAUCGUACAUACGCGUCCAUCGUUCCCUGAAUUUCGAUAAAGUAUUUAUUUCGGAUGAAAAUUGCAAACUCGUUUCGUCGGUUUCCGUCAAUUUCCUCGUAGAAUUUCGUAUACGCGACGCGCGAAACGGCGAAGAGUAUUUCCUAAUAAUUACCGAUGACGCCUUUUGCGCUCUUUCGACUCGAAGGUUGUCGAUCGAUGCACGAGUUUAGCGUGCUCCGCUUCCAUAGUUUCGGCCUAUUACGCAACGAAACUGAAAUCACCGAGUAUGGAAAGGCAAAGAUCGGCGAGAGAUGCGAGAGGGAUCGUAAUUGCAUUCAAAAUGCGUACUGUCGUGCACAAAUGACCUGUUUGUGCGAUCAAUAUUAUUCACCUACUUUUGACAAUUCGAUGUGCAUCGCUAGUGCCGGACUGAGUUGCUCCAACGACGUUGUCUGCAGCACGAUGUCAAACGCAGUAUGUAGGCAAGGAGUGUGCGCGUGCAAAGAUUCUUACAUUUUAGACAUAAAUAAUUCUUCGAAUUGUAUCAGAAGGCCGUCUAUAGUGGGCGAUCCUUGUCAAAGGACCGACGAAUGUCAAGAUGCGUUCGAUCGUGCCAUGUGCAUCAACGAACGUUGCGAAUGCAUCACGUUGUAUCAUUUUACGAAUGAAACCAGAAAAUGUAUUCAAUCACGAUUUUUAUACAACACGUGUAAAAUGGAUUACGAGUGUAUAAGCUUCGACAAUGAAGAUAUCCUUGAAUGUAGAAAUGGCGAAUGCGUUUGCAAAGAAGGACAGGGGACUUGUAGCAAAGGUUCCACGCUCACCAUUGGAAUUCUUCUGAUGCUUUUACCCUUUAUACACAGACUGAAUAAAUCUUGUUAAUUUUGGAAUUACAAAUCUUCGAAAUAACAAAUUAUUUUCAAUUCUUUUAGGAAUAUCAGCAGCGAUUUGUGAAUAACAAAUUUA